GGGGAAGGGGGAAGGGGCAAGGGGGAAGGCGGAACUGGAGCCUGGAUUCUCGUCGCAAGUGAAGCUUUAAAAAUUUAUCAUCCAGACAAGUGUAUUUCUGCCAUUCCCGGCGAAGUUAGCCGUCCUUCUUAUUUCUCUCUCUCUGUAUAUUUUUUUGGCUGAAACCUAGGGAGCUGUUUGGUUCAAGGAGGGAACUCAGUUUAUGGUUAGCUGCUUGGCUGACAAAGGCUGUCCUCAUUUCAGUUUUCCUCUGGUUAUGUUAACAAGUCUUAUGUAAGGUGCACUACUUCGAGGAAUCAUGGUCGAAUUUUCAGAACAACCUCCCCCUCCUGGUGCAAAUCUGCUACCACCUACUUCAUAUUCUUCAAAUCCAAAUCCUUCUUUCUCUUUUCAGCAUAUCUCUUCCACCAAUACUGAGCACACUGGAUAUCCUAUAUCACCUUUUUGCCAGAACCCUAACCCACAUUUUCAGACGACUUCUCCGCAUGUUCCUGUUCAUGAAUUUUCACCUUUUGUUCAAGGUGUUGCUACACAGUACUUCUGUUCGUUACCAAACAAUUUACGAACUCAACCUUGCAAUUUAUGGAACUCAGAUUUGAACCAAACAGGCAAUGGCAUGGCUAAUUCUUUCAGUCAAUCAGAUGGUCCAGUUAAUGUGGUUAAGCCUUAUAAUCCAAAUAGUAUGGAUCCGCAUGGUACACUGAAGUCAACCUGCCCUGGUGAAAGUGAUAAGGAUCUCCGUUCAGUUGUUCAAGUUGCUGUGGAUAAGGGGAUAAUUGAGCAAAAAGGUGAUUCAGCUGAGUUUAAAUACUCCAGCUCGUGCGCUAGAGACUCCAGUGACAUUGAAUCUGCAGCCCAAGUGGCAGUGUUUCGUGAGCAAGAAAUUACAACACAACAAGUUAUAAAUAAUCAAAGAUUAGCUAAAGCAAAAAAUGGGACUUUGGAAGAUGAUCAUGAUAUUCUGUCUGGACGGCAUGACCCUAAUUCACUGAAGGAACAUUUAUUGAAGAUGACAAGUCAACACCGUGCAGAAUUGUCGAACAAACGAGGAAAAUUUGUCCAUCAAGAGAAUGAUAACAUUGAAAUUGGCAACGGAUAUGGUGUUCCUGGUGGUGGUGCAUAUUAUGCUGCAAGAACCAUAAAUGUUCAAACUGAAGCCAAAGAUGGGGACCAUGAAUCAAACUUACUAGCUUCAAAGGAUGGUCGAAAGGAGUUGCCAGAUUAUCUUAAGCAGAGAUUGAAAGCGAGGGGUAUUCUUAUGGAUGAAAAGGCAAAUGUUGAACCAACCACAAAUGGAAAUAAAUUUGAAGAUCAGCCUGCUGUUAGCAAAAUUGUGCUGACAUUGCCUCCUGGCUGGGUUGAAGCAAAAGCCCCCGAAACUGGUACGCCAUACUUCUAUCACGAGAAAACUGGAGAAAGCCAAUGGGAGCUUCCUAGUGAAUAUGUUAGGGCUCAGCAGACUACUGCUUCGUUAUCUCUGCCUCAAGAUUGGGAAGAGGCCUUGGAUGAAUCAACAGGCCAAAGAUACUACUACAAUAGAAGGACAAAUGCAACACAGUGGGAGAAGCCAAGUGCAAUAAAUGGGUCUAUACCACAGAAUGCUGAUCCCAUAUCUGCUGGAAAUCAAACAACUGGAAAUGGUGAUCCAGCUCAAAGUUAUCCAAGAUGCAUGGGAUGUGGUGGAUGGGGGCUUGACCUAGUCAUGACAUGGGGUUAUUGCAAUCACUGCACAAGGGUUCUCAAUCUUCCUUAUCAACAAUAUGCUAUUUCAAAUAUGAAUUCUUUGGAGCAGAGUAAUGGUACGGCAACACCUGCAAUGGCUGCUUCUAAACAACGGACAAGUUCAAAACCACCAUUUGGCAAAGGUAGCAAAAAAGAUUAUAAAAAACGUGCCUACAAAGAGGAUGAUGUGUUGGACCCCAUGGAUCCUAGCUCUUAUUCAGACGCUCCACGUGGUGGCUGGGUUGUUGGUUUAAAAGGAGUACAACCACGUGCAGCAGACACCACGGCGACUGGACCGCUGUUUCAGCAGCGGCCAUACCCAUCCCCCGGAGCUGUCCUGCGCAAGAACGCGGAAAUUGCUUCUCAAAGCAAGAAACACGGUUCGACGAAUCGGAUGGCGCCCAUUACUAAGAGAGGAGAUGGCAGCGAUGGACUCGGAGAUGCCGACUGAGGUAUCUUUGUUUAUAUUUUAUAUCUUUGAUUGUCAUGUGGGUGGCCAUAACAUGAAUUUUGGAAUUUGUGGGUGGUAAUUUGUCAAUAUUAGCUGUAACUAUUGUUAUACUGCCUAAUAAGCUGCCAUUUGUGUGAUUAAGUUGUUACUGAGAUGAAUUGAAUGAGCAGAGAAGGAUUUUUACAUAUCAAA